CUCAUCCAUCAAAUGCCUCGCCUUGUCGAAAUGCCCAUGAAAGGCAAUAGCCGCAAGCAUUGCGUUCCAAGCAACAAUAUUGCGCUGCGGGAUCUUUUUGAACGUUUCCACGGCAAUUUCUAGCAAGAAGAAAUCUCCAUAUCCGGUAAGAAUCGUCGUCCACGGAAUAACGCUACGAUCGACCAUACUGUCGAAGAGGUCCUUCAUUCGAUCUGUAUACCCCCCCACAGGCAUGCUGUCACAAUCGCAUUUACGCAGUAGAUGCUCCACUGCGGGAUCUUGACGAAGAAAUCAAACGCCAGGGCGAGGAUUCUGCUCUCGACAUGCGCGGCGAAGAUUGACGACCACGACACUGGAUCGCGCCGCGGCAUCUGGUGGAAGAGCUCGGUGGCGUCGGAGAUACCCAUUUUCGGCGCAGAGGAUGUUUGGAAGACUCGCGUGGGCGCUGCCGUUCCGGCCGUGGAGAUGGAGCAGCAGAUUGGCGAUGUAUCCAAUCCAAUCCAUCUUGAUCCAUUCCUCGAUCGUUCUCGCGAGGAGAUACGAAGCAUCUUUCGAAUAUUUUACUAACAGUUUUUUGUAAUAACUUUUCUUAUUCGUUUGGCAAUGUUUCUCUCGCUGCUCCUCCUCGCGACGCUCUCCGGAGAGAUUUCCAGCGCGGAGGCGACGAUCGAGUGCGCAAGCAGCAUCAGUGGCGGCAGCUGCGAGCUCCACAAUUACUUCCGUGGGCCAUGGCCGGAUCGCAAGCCCUGCAGAGUCGCCAGGGUUUUCUUCCCCACCAGCGAGCCCGAGCUCGUCGCGGCCGUGGCGUUUGCUGUUCGUCACAAGCACAAGGUGAAAGUGGUAAGCAAGAACGUCCACUCUCACAACAAGAUCGCCUGUCCCAACGACGGAUCCAACCCGGGAGUCCUGAUCUCCACCAGUAAGUACAAUUCCACUGUAGUUGUGGACGAGAAAUCCAUGACCGUGAUCGCGGAUGCUGGAGUUGGUCUGAGAGAAUUGAUCGAUCAGGCAGCGAGCAAGGGAUUUGCGCUCGUGCAGACCACAUUCUGGGAUGGAGUUUCGGUGUCUGGGAUGGUGAGCACUGGAGCCCAUGGUAGCAGUCUGUGGGGCCUUGGCGGUGGCACCCACGAGUAUCUCGUGGGGAUGAGGAUCGUGGUUCCAGCGUCCCAGGAGGAGGGAUUCGCGAAAGUGGUCACUCUCACUGAUCGGGAGCCAGAGAGCUUCAAUGCCGCGAGGAUCUCUCUGGGAGUUCUUGGAGCGGUGUCACAGGUCACGUUUGCCGUAGAGCCAAUGUUUAAGAGGUCCGUGGCUCCGGUGGCGAUGGACGAUGCGUCGCUCGAGGAGGAGUAUGUGGAUCUGGCGAGGAGGCACGAGUUUGGAGACAUGUACUGGUUUCCAUCCGUGAAGAAGUUUGUGCUCAAGAGGGAUGAUCGAGUUCCAGUGACUCGUACGGGCGAGGGUGUGUUCACGCUAGCGGGAUUCAAGCCGGUGAAGGCAUCAGCAGCAAAGCGAGCGCGAUUAGAUGAUGAGCGCGCUCAAGCUACGGUGAACUCUACGUACUAUUGUGAGAACGCUCACGUUACCAUGAGGAGCAAGGUGUCCUCCGGCAGUGGAUAUCUCAACGAUGGUAGCAGCUUCACAGGCUUCCCCGUGGUUGGAUUCAACCACAAGCUCCAAACAACGGGAGGAUGUCAGUACACUUACGAGAACCUCACGAACUUGGAGCUUCCGGAGGCCGAGAGGCUGGUUUGUGCUUGGGAUUUCAACGCUCACGGCUUCUUCGGAUUCGACGUCUCGAUCUCCAUAGCUUUGUCACAGGUCAGCAGCUUCAUCCGCGACGUGAAAGCCAUCCUGGCGAGAGAUCCCACGGCGAUGUGCGCGAUCGAUACCUAUGGAGGGCUGUGGCUGCGAAACGUGAGAGCUUCCAGAGCUUAUCUCGGCGAGAAGAGGGACGUGACGCACGUCGAGUUCUUCGCGUUCAAUCACAGGGACUCUGCUCGUCCACAAGCGUACGAGGCGAUCAUGGAAGAACUGGAGCAAAUCCUCCUGUUCAAGUACGAUGGCAUGCCUCACCUCGGGAAGAACCGGCCUCACACUUUUAAGAACAUCAGAUCCAAGACGAGGAACCUCGCAAAGUUUCUCGAGGUGAGACGAAAGAUGGAUCCCGACGGCUGGUUUUCCAGCGAGUGGUCGGAUGCUGUGCUUGGGAUCCGAGGGAGUGUGGUGAGCUCCAGCGAUGGCUGCGCGCCCGGAGGGCUGUGUGUUUGCAGCGAAGAUCGCCACUGCGCUCCGGAGGAAGGAUAUCUGUGCAAGCCGGGGAUCGUCUACAAGGAAGCGCGCGUUUGUACGAAGACAAGCCACUCUACCGCGAAGUGAUCGAUCUAUUUCUAUACAAAAUUGACAAGAUCAAUUGGAUUAAUAAAUAAUAAGCACUACUCUUUCGUUG